ACGCGCGGCCCCCACGGCACACGGCCAAUCCCGAAGCGCGCUUCCACCACUUCUCUUCCGUUCCCACGCACACGCACGCUCGGGCAAACUCGUUCGCUUCGCGCCUCCGCCGCGUGCGCUCGUGCUCGUCGCGUGCUGAUCGCUCCUCGCUUCGAUCCUCUCUCCCUCUCUCUGUUUCUCUCUGUCUCGUGAGCUCGCGGGCGGCGGCGGCGUCGGGAUGGCCGUCGGAGCAGGCGUGCGCGUGGCGUCCUCGGUGGAGGUGUGGGGGCGGGGGCGGGGGCGGAGCAGCGGCGGGAGGCGCGGCGCCGCGGCGGCGACCGUCAGGUGCAGCUGCGUCGGCGAGGCGGGGCCGGCCGCCGGGGGCCUGGCGGAGGAGCACUACCGGACGCUGCGGCUGCGCCCGGGGGCCACCCGGGGCGAGGUCAAGAAGGCCUUCCGCCGCCUCGCGCUCAUGUACCAUCCGGACGUCCGCAAGGAGAGCGACGGCGACGGCGACGGCGGCGUCCAGUUCCAGAGGAUCAACGUGGCGUACCAGAUGCUGAUGAGCAACAUGAGGGAGGCCGAGGAGCGGCUCGAGUACUGGCGCCUCAAGUACGGCCUCACCGACCAGGAUCUCGACAGGUACAGGUACUACCUCAACGAGGACGACGACGACUGGCUCGACAUGUGAGGAGGCUGAAGCAGCCAAUCGGUAGGCAGAGGAUUUACACAGCUUGCCUGUCGACAUUGGAAUCACUCAUCUUGGCACCACCGGUUGAUUCCUGUUGUUGCCAUGGCAGAGGCAGCAGCACUGUGAUCUCAUCUGCUUGUGUAUACUGAAGCAAUGUGUAUUCCUCCCCUAUUUUAUUGUGGGUGAAAGGAUACAUACUGCAGACAGACAGAUUAAAGUGUACUGACAUUCGUG